GCACGACCCUGUUUUUGGGUUUUGCCUAUAAAUCUCGGCAAGACUGCGCUAGAAUGAUCGCAGCAAUUAGCAAAAUGGCUGGGUCUCAGAAAGAUUCACAACCUCAUAUAGUAAUCUCGGUCGGCGUUGCGAGGAGCAAAACUCAAUCUUCCUUAACCUUUAUCCUCACUAAUUUUCAUGCAGGAUACUUCAGAAUCAGCCUGUCUCUCUCCAGCCAAGCCUUGUUAUGGAAGAUCCUCAAAGAACCAAUCCAAGACGCUCAUGCUCUCAGACGUGUAUUCUCACUAAUGCCCUCCGCGGCUUUCACUCUCCUGUGGUCACUCUCACUACUCACCCUCCUCGCCCUCUCUCUUCUCUACCUUCUCAGAUGCUUCUUCCACUUCAACAUGGUGAAGGACGAAUUUCUGAACCGUGUCGGAGUAAAUUACCUUUUCGCUCCCUGGAUUUCCUUCCUUCUGUUGCUGGAAUCAACUCCGUUUCUUUCCCGGACCGCAAUUUGUCACCAGGUCCUCUGGUGCGUCCUGGUCAUGCCAGUGCUGGCGCUGGAUUUGAAGAUAUACGGCCAGUACUUGACCAAGGGGAAGAGGCAUCUGGCCACUGUGGGGAACCCGACGAGCCAGCUGUCUGUGAUCGGGAACCUGGUGGGCGCGCAGGUGGCGGCGGGUGUGGGGUGGAGGGAGAGCGCGGUGGCGAUGUUUGGAGUGGGGAUGGCACAUUACCUGGUACUGUUUGUGACGUUGUAUCAGAGGUUGUCGGGGGAACACUGCGGAGGUGUUCCGGUGACGCUGAGGCCGGUGCUGUUUUUGUUCUUUGCGGCUCCGAGCGUGGCUAGCUUGGCUUGGGGCGCCAUUAUCGGGCACUUCGAUUCUGCAUCCAAGAUGCUCUUCUUCCUCUCCCUCUUCCUCUUCAUGUCGUUGAUAACGAGGCCGAUGAUGUUCAAGAAGGCGAUGAGGAAGUUCGACGUGGCGUGGUGGGCUUAUUCGUUCCCGCUGACGGCGCUGGCAUUGGCAUCGGCACAGUACGCAGAGGAGGUUAAAGGAGCCAUGUCCCAUGCUCUCACGUUGCUUCUGUCUUCCCUCUCUGUGUUGGUGUCUUUGUUCUUGAUGGUCGUUACCGUUCUUCAUACCAACCUACCCUUCUAUUAGCAUUCAAGCUAUCUGCUAGUUGUGCAGUAGCAUGAUCCCAGAUUUUUCUAUUCUUGUAAUCUUUCUGCAAAUAUGAAAAUUCUCACCUGUUAUAAUUUCCCCGUGAGAAAUUUUGGGUUUUCUUAUUCAAUUAGUUCUAUCGUAUCUCCCUCUCAGUUUCUUCUUCCAACAAUAAUGUUCAUCGUAUAAAAGUAAAAAUAUUACGUACAUAUUUCCUUCUAUUAAAGGACAUCAUUUGCGUCUUUAACUUUAUAUUUCAUUGACCAAUAUA